AGAUUAGUACAGUGUAACUCAAGGUUCGGUAAGAAGAAUCCUGAAGGCCAAGCUGAUAAGAGAUCACGCUUUCAUGCAAUCAGACGAGACCCAAAUAACUCAGUCAAGGUAACACGUUGUGAAAUCUGCGUAGGUGAUCAUGAGGCGACAGAUUGUCCAAGGUUAGCAAAAAUGAAUGUAAAAGAAAGGAGGCAGGAGGUAAGAAAACGUGGUCUAUGUUACUUAUGUUUAAGGAAAGGUCACAUAGCUAUGACAUGCAACUCAGGCAUCAAGUGCGACGUUGAGAAUUGCAAGGUUGGGCAUAAUUCAUUAUUGCAUAUUGAUAGUAUUGAUAACCAUGUGGUGAACCUAGCUAAGGAUUGGAACUCCUCAAAGGUUUGUUUGGGGAUCGUUCCAGUCAGACUAUACGGUCCCAAAGGAUGUUUGGAAACAUAUGCACUUCUAGAUAGUGGUUCGGACACUUCUCUUGUAUGUGAAGAAUUAAUUAAUCGGUUGGGUAUCGAAGGUAAAGAGACUUCGAUAAAGGUGGCUACUGUGAACGGAACUACCAAUUGUGAAUGUUUGGAGGUAAAUUUAGAGGUAUUUUCAUUAGAUGAACGGGGUUCUAUAAGGAUCAACAAAGUUGAUCAUGCAGCCCCUUUAACCGAACUCCAACUGAAGCGGUGGAAACAUCUGAAGGACAUAACCCUUCCUAGGUUGCAAAGUAAUUUCGUAGGAAUAUUGAUUGGGUGUGAUGCUCCGGAUGCACAUUGGGUCCUGGAACAACGUCUGGGGGACAGGAAGCAUCCGUUUGCUGUGCGUACUCAUCUUGGUUGGAUGAUUAUAGGUCCUAAGGGAGUAUCAAGGUCUCUACAUCAAGUUCAGUUGUGUCAUUGUUCCACUAAUGAUAUUUUGCGAGAUUUAGAAAGAUUAUAUGAUCAUGAGUUCGAGGAUACAGAUACGUUUCGUAAUGGAUAUUCUGUCGAAGAUAAAAAAGCUCUAGAAAUAGUUAGCAGUUCGUUUAGAUUGGAGGGUGGUCAUUUCCAAGUUGGUCUACCAUGGAAGUAUGAUAAGCCAAGGCUACCGAAUAAUUUGGAACUAGCUGAACGCAGACUAGAAUGCUUAAGGAAGAGGUUUAUGAAAGACAACAGUCUUUUGGAGAAAUAUCAAGUUGUGAUGAAUAAACAUUUAAGUAAGGGCUACAUCAUUGAAGCUAGUGAAGAGGGAUUUGACCAUGAUGCUGUUUGUUGGUAUAUUCCUCAUCAUCCUGUUAUCAACCCUAAAAAGCCUGAAAAAUUGAGAAUUGUUUUUGAUUGUGCGGCUGUCUAUCAAGGUUGUUCUCUUAAUGACCAGCUUUUGAGAGGACCGAAUACUGUAAAUAGUUUAAUUGGUGUACUUCUGCGAUUCAGAUUAGGUAACGUAGCAUUAGCUGCUGAUAUCGAAGAGAUGUUUCUUCAAGUAAAGAUCCCGAGACAAGACAGGGGAGCAUUUCGUCUAUCGUGGUGGGAAGACGGUGAUAUACGAUGAACGGCUAAGGAAUAUUGUUUAACAGUUCAUCCGUUUGGAGCCGUUUCCUCCCCCUUUUGCGCUAAUUUCGCUCUUAAGAAGACGGUAGAUAUAUUCGGUAAGGAAUUCAAUGAAGAUAUCCAGGAUGUCGUAGAUAGGAGUUUCUAUGUCGACGACUAUUUAGCCUCUAUUGAUAAUGUACAGGAUGCAAUUGAGCUGGCAAAGGCCCUUGGUUCUCUCCUCAGAAAAGGUGGGUUUAGACUUACCAAGUGGAUAAGUAACUGUUUACAAGUUCUUGAAUCAAUUCAUCCAGAAGAAAGAGCAGAAGCCGUAAGAGAGAUUGACUUUGAAAGACUUCCUACUGAACGCACGUUGGGAUUAUUUUGGAAUACUAUGGUUGAUUCGUUCGAAUUUAAAGUUUGCAUACCGAAACGCCCCCUCACUAGGCGAGGUAUAUUGUCAGGUGUAGCCUCACUUUAUGAUCCUCUGGGAUUGGUAGCACCGUUUAUACUUCCCAUGAAGCAGUUACUUCAACGUCUAGGUAAAUUGGGACUAGGAUGGGACGAAGAGAUUCCAAAUGAGGAAAGCAAACGUUGGUUAGAGAUUUUAAGUGAAUUUCAGAGGGUUGAGAACGUUAGUUUUCCACGUUGUGUAUUGUUUCCGCAAUCAGAUCGUUCGCUCCUGGAACUUCAUAAUUUCAGUGAUGCAUCGGAAACUGGGUAUGGUGCGGUAGCAUACGUUCGCUCUUACAUUUCUGACACUGAAAUAUGUUCUCGUCUUGUUACGGCUAAGGCAAGAGUAGCCCCCUUGAAGGUCCAAAC